CGGACCUUCUCUAACACAGCUGACUGACCAAUUCAGCAACAUCAACAACACAUGGAAAUGUACUCGUCUUUUUAGACUGAAGAUUACCAAGGAGCUAAUGAUUAUGAGAAAAUCUCCUGACCAGGUGUUCAGAUUGCAUAACACUUCCUAACUUUUGUAAAUAUUAUUGUCACUAAAAAGUUGAGGUAAAAUGGAUGUUACUUCCAAACAUGGGCUGGUGCUGCUCAACCAGCUGAGGAAGAUGAGGGAGAGCGAGCAUCUGACGGAUGUGGUGCUGGUUGCUGAGGGAAUCAGCUUCCCCUGUCACCGGGUCGUUUUGUCCGCUUUUAGUCCUUAUUUUCGUGUUAUGUUCACCUGCGGCCUUCGCGAGUGCAACACUAGAGAAAUAGUUCUGCGUGACACCCCUGCAGACAGCCUGGCCCUCCUGCUAAACUACAUGUACUGCUCAGAUCUUGCUCUCACCAACGCCAAUGUGCAAGGCAUCUCUAUUGCAUCUUUUCUCCUGCAGAUGGACGACGUCUUCCAUCGCUGUCAGCUGCACAUGACCGAGAACAUGGAUGCUUCCAACUGCCUCGGUGUGUAUUACUUUGCCCGUGAUCUUGGAGCGGAGGAUUUAGCUGAACAUGCUCAGCGCUUUCUUGGGCAGAACUUUGUCCAAGUCUGCCAAAAUGAGGAGGUCCUGGAGCUGGAGGCCCAUCAACUGGGAAAGCUGCUGACCUCUGAUGACCUUAAUGUUUCACAAGAAGAGACCAUCCUGGAUGUGGUCCUCCGCUGGGUCAGACACUGCACUGUGGAAGAUGGAGAGGUCCGUAAUCUGCACCUUCCUGAACUCCUGAGGAAGGUCCGUCUGCCACUGAUACACCCUAACAAUUUGAAAGAGGCGAUGAAGAGGAACACGGCCCUGCUGUCUGACGCUGAGUGUCUUGAGAUGCUCAAUCAAGCCUUGGAUGUCACAGCGAUGCACCCCUCAGCAGCGCCACGCAAGCUAAAGCUGCGCUACGGCAUGGAGACCACAGACCUGCUGCUCUGUAUUGGAAACGAUGGUGGUGGGAUUAGAUCGAGAUAUGGCAGCUUUGCUGAGCGCAGCUUCUGCUAUGCCCCAUCCACAGGCCGAACCUACUACAUCACUUCACCUCGCUACGCAGAGGCUCUGGGGUUUGUGUGUGCCGGGGUUGUUACUGAAAAAAAUGACAUUAUAGUCGCAGGAGAGACAAGUGCUCGCAAAAUGGCCCGACAGAAAGACAUUAACGUUGAGAUUUACAGGUACAAAGUGGAGGCGCAGGGAAGUUGGGAGUGCCUGUCGUCAGCAGAAUACCGAGACUCCUAUGCUCUGGCAUCACUGGGGGAAACUCUGUACCUGCUGGGGGGGCAGAUGAAGCUGAAGAACCAGCUUCUCAUCACUAACUGUGUGGAGCGGUGGUCUCUGCAAGGAGGGCCGUGGCGCAGUGCAGCGCCCCUGCCUCUGCCUUUAGCCUAUCACAGCGCAGUCGGGAUGAAAGAUCGCCUUUAUGUGAUCGGGGGUCGAACACCACAGUCAUACCGGACGGAUGAUGAGCCGGACCGUCUCAGUAACCGACUGCUGGAGUAUGAUCCAAACAUAAAUAAGUGGACAGAGUUAGGACCCAUGAAGUACUCAAAGUAUCGCUGCAGUGCCGUUGUACUCAAUGGUGACAUUUAUGUGAUGGGUGGUAUUGGUUGUGAGGGCAGUGACUGUGGGCAAUCACGCCACUGCCUUGAUGCUGUGGAGAUCUACAACCCAGAUGAAAAUAAGUGGAGGGAUGGACCUCCUCUCCCAUUCGCACAGCUCUCUCUGCGCACCAAUGCCUCAAACGCAGGAGUGGUGGGAGGCAAGAUCUAUGUGUGUGGAUACUACAAAGGAGCAGAUCGUCAUGACGAUAUAACAAAGGACAUUUUGGAGCUGGAUCCGUGGGGGGGCCGGUGGACUGUGGUGGCUCGGCACGCUCUGAUGCAUGAUAACUAUGACGUCUGCUUAGUUGCAAGUCUCAACCCGAGGGGACUCAUGUCCCCACCUGCAGACUUAGUUAAACAGUGACCCCCCUCUCAGAUCAGGCCAAAGUCUGUGUUGGAGAAUUAGCAAAGGAAAUGAAUGAUUCAUUAUUAAUGCACUUAAUGCUGGGCUAAAGGCGUUCAUUGUUUUCCUGCAUGGAAGAGGAUCUGCAGUUAAUGAUUUGCACGCUGUCGCAAGAGAUUCUCCUGUUAAUGAGAAUACAAAAGAACAUUUGUAAAUACAGUUAUUGUCAUUUUGUAUCUUAUUGCGCAAGAUCUGCAGAGAUUGAUCCCCUAAAACCUGCAGCUGUGUGGCACAAAAUUAUCAAGACAUACAUAUAUGGUACAGAAAUAUAGAAAAAAAUAACUCCAUGGGUCGCUUAAUCCAGAAUAAUGUUUGUGUCUAAAAACAAUGACUGAAACGAUUAUGCCAAGGAAUUUUCUGUCAAUCAAUAAUUGUAUGGCAAUGUCAAUUUACUAUAAAUAAGUUGACAUGUCAUACAUAGUUGAUAUCGUAUUCAUUAAUGAGUUUGUUCUUUUUAUGGAUGCUUGCUAAAGCAAAUGUGUUCUGCUAAUAAACAAACUACACGUUAACAAUA